AUACCGAGAAGAGUAUUUAACCGGUGUCAUUUUCUUACCAUUUUUAUAAAUUCUUAAUUUGCUGUACAUCUGAUAACACCUUCAUUUAUUUUCCUUCUUAAAGCUGACACACUCUGCCUUGUUGGAGAUCUAGGACCCGGAACAGGAGUCACUGAAGAAGUUCCCGGCUUGAAGAACUCAAUCAAAAAGUCUGUAUCUACAGAAAGAGACAUCUGUCCCAGGCAAUGUCCAACCGUAACUUAAGGUCAUCUACCAACUCAGAAUUUUCUGAGGGUCAACAUCAGACCCCUUCCAGUGAUUCAUCUGGCCAUGGGGAGGAUCAACCUCAAGCCUCUCCUGGACCUAACAAAAAGUCACACACCCCAAAAAAGAACAUUAGCAAAGGUGCUGUUCUUCAUGAGAAACCCAUGACAGUGAUGGUACUCACUGCAACAGAACCAUUUAAUUAUAAAGAGGGAAAAGAGAACAUGUUUCAUGCUACAGUGGCUACAGAGAGCCAAUAUUACCGUGUGAAAGUUUUCAACAUGGACUUGAAAGAGAAGUUCACAGAAAAUAAAUUUAUUACCAUUUCCAAAUACUUCAACAGCAGUGGCAUCCUAGAGAUCAAUGAAACUGCCACUGUGUCAGAGGCUGCUCCUAACCAAAUUAUUGAAGUGCCCAAAAAUAUUAUCAGAAGUGCAAAAGAAACUCUUAAGAUCUCUAAAAUUAAAGAACUUGAUUCUGGAACACUGAUUUAUGGUGUGUUUGCAGUAGAGAAGAAAAAAGUGAAUGAUAAAAGUAUAACCUUCAAAAUAAAAGAUAAUGAAGAUAAUAUAAAAGUGGUGUGGGAUAAAAAACAGCACAAUAUCAACUAUGAGAAAGGAGAUAAACUCCAACUCUUCUCCUUUCACCUGAGAAAAGGAAAUGGGAAACCAAUAUUACACUCUGGAAAUCACAGUUUCAUCAAGGGAGAAAAGCUACUAAAAGAAUCUUUUGAAGGGGAUGGUUACCACAAAGGUCCCAAACAAGUGGUGGCAUUGAAAGCAACAAAACUAUUUACUUAUGAUAGUAUAAAAAGUAAAAAGAUGUUCCAUGCCACAGUGGCUACUGAUACAGAAUUCUUCAGAGUGAUGGUCUUCGAGGAAAACCUAGAGAAAAAGUUUAUCCCGGGAAACACCAUUGCUUUAUCAGAUUAUUUUGGUAUGUAUGGGUCUCUGGCAAUACAUGAAUAUUCCAGCGUGUCUGAGGUGAAGAGCCAAAAUAAGGAAGACUCAAGUUCAUCAGAUGAAAGACUCAUAGAACAUCUUAAAAUUUGUGAUCUUCACUUGCAAACAAAAGAAAGGCUGGUUGAUGGAGAGUUUAAAGUAUACAGGAAAAGUACCGGAAAUAAUUGUAUAUGCUAUGGAAUUUGGGAUGAUACAGGAGCAAUGAAAGUGGUGGUAUCUGGACAACUGACCAGUGUCAACUGUGAGAUUGGUAAUACAAUUAGACUUGUCUGCUUUGAAUUGACCUCAAAUGCAGAUGAGUGGUUUCUGAGAUCUACGAGGUACAGUUACAUGGAGGUCAUCAUGCCUGAAAAAUGAAGAACAGUGAGUGAUGUAACCCCAAUUCAAUGGUGAAAAUUUCCUUAUGAAACAUGUACACUGAAAAUGGAAAAGAAAUGUAUACCUGCUCAAAUAUAAUACAUACAACAUCCAGCUCUUAGUUGUGGGAACAAUACUUUAGCUUAUUCUUUAUAAAAAAAUUUUAUGAACUUUCAUAGUCUGCAUGCUUAAGUUCCAUAAUAUGAAAAAAAUAAAUGCUGUACAUUAAGCAAU